UUGGCACAUGAAACUGACUAAGAAUAUUUGAGUCUCAAAUUUUGAGAGACAACAAGCAGGCUGAGAAAAAUGUCCAUUUGCCAAGGAGGGCACAUCCUCCAGUGCCACCUCAGAUGUAAUCAAUGAGGAUAAUGGAAAAGGAGGUGUCUCCCUGGACAUUGAAGACAUGACCACAGAGAAGAAAGGUUUGGGGAACUCCUUCUCCCAGUAGCUGAUUUGUUGCUAAUGAAAGAAUUCUCCCCAUCUACAAGAUAGGAGGCCUUGCAGGUUCUUCUCACUGGAUUUGAGAAAUGGUACAGACCAGUGAUUUUUGUGUGUCUCCCUUUCUUACCCUUCUUGAUGAGCAUGAAGCCAUUUUGUCCCAUUUCACGUGGGUAUGUGGAGGAUAAGUAAUUUGUUUUUUUAGUUCACUUGUCCUGACUUAGGUUCACUCACUUUUGUUUCCUGCCUAGUUCUUGUGGACCUUUGACUUUUUGACCCUACAACCUACAAUAAGCUAUUUGAUGACAUAAACUGAAUUGUGCUCCUGGAAGUACAGUGGACCAGGGUCCAUUUCACUGCCCAGGGCUAAUGCCUGAGUUCCAAAGGUGACUUCACAGCGUCCUUCUAUAGCCUUGGCUACCAUGCUGACUACCCUGUUGCUGCUUAGUCUUUCUGUCCCCACUUUGUGAACCCAAACAUUAAUCAGCUGCACCUACAAGACUCUAUACUGGCAGGUUCUACUCUCAGGCAUUGGUGUUGUCCUGCAGUGUGACCAUCCCAAGGCACUCUGGUGCUUUUCUUCCACUCUAGGGGAGGAGCUGGUCUCAAUGCCUACCAUAAAGAAACCGCCUGGGGCCAGCCUCCACCUGACCAAUCCUCAGCCCUCCCAGCCAGACCUCUAUCACUGCCAAGACAAUACAGGUGCCCUUGUGGUAGACUACGAGCUGCAUUUCUAGGAUGUCAUCACCCUGCAUAUUACACACAAAAGUCUGGGCCAAAUGCUCCUGCAGAAUAAGACCCUGAAGCUGAUCUUUACCCACUGGGAGCCCUGUAACCAUUGUGGGGAGCCAGGUGAGCACAAAUACCUGGGACACUGCUACACUGAGGAACCCCUGGAAAAACCCAUGCCCUGUUGGCUCUAUCUGAGGACAAAAAAGGAGCAAUACAGCUGUGUGUAUCCUGAGCUGCAGAUGGAAACCUGCCUUAUACCCUAUCGCCACUUAAAGGAAACUAACCAGUCCUACAUCCUCUUUGACAUUUAUCAGUUGGGCAAGUUGACUAAUAACAUGUGGCUCACCUACCCCUUGGCCUCCAUCUAUAGGAGACUGGACUAGGACAUUAGCCCGGGCUUUGACCCUCACCCAGGCUGUUCCCUGUGCCCACUGGGACUGGGGUUUACCUUCCAAUGGAAAAGCAGUUUCUGAAUCCCAGAAUAGCCUUCAUGGUCAGUAGGUACAGGAUGGGGUCUCUUCCCUGGUUUGUUCAGAUGUUCAUUCAGCAAGAAUUCUCUGGUUUCCCUUCUGAGCCAGGUGUUGGGUGGGUCAUGUUGUUACCACAGCGGUCACCAGCAAAGACCUAAUCCCUGCCCUCACAGGCUGCUGUGAUUCAGGGGGAGACCAAAUGUAAAACCUAGAGACUAAGACAUUCUGACCCACGCACAUGCCAACACAGACACUACUAUGUUUUCUGUCUCCUAACUGAUACUAUUUGUCUACCCACCAUUGCACCAAU